UAUAAUCUAUUUAUCCAUAUGUUAAAAAAUAGUGUGAAAAUAUUUUAUAACAAACGUUUACUUCAUAUAUCAUUACCUCAGUUGCAUAAAGAUGUGUAUAAUCCAUUUCCUGAAUAUAAAGAACCCUCUUUACUUCAAAAGAUCAAAGGCUUAAAACAAUUUCCAGAAGAAUUAAAAAAAUUGAAGGAGGAAACACAAAAUUUAUUUAGAAAUUGUAAUGACCAUUUUCAAGAUAGUCAUGGGAAAACAGAAGUUUUGUUUGAUUUUAAAGAUGAAGAUAGUUUAUCUAAAUGGAUCACUAAAUCUGAUAUAGAUUUUGAUCUUGGAAAUAGUAUGUGCAAUUUGAGCAUGACUAAAAAUAAAACUGGCCUGUUUACUGGGUAUAUUAAUUCAGCCUUACCCCAAGAUGGUCGAGUGAAAUACACUGGUUUUUGUUCAAUGAAAUCUAUGAGGCGUUUAAAAGCUUUUUAUAAAAAAGAUCCAUAUUAUAUUGGAGAAUCAACUCAUAUUGCUCUAAGAGUAAGGGGAGAUGGUAGAAAAUAUUCAUUUGUUGUAAAUACUCCAGGUAUAUUUGAUCUCACUUAUUACGAUCAAUAUAUUUAUCCAAUAUAUACAAGAGGAGGUCCAUAUUGGCAAACUGUUUUGAUCCCAUUUUCAAAAUUAGUCCUUUCAUCUAAGGGUAGGAUUCAAGAUCAACAAUCACGAAUAAAUGACUUUUAUGUUGAUUCCUUUGGAAUUAAUAUAUAUGAUGGAAAUGAUGGACCUUUUAGCCUAGAAAUUGAUUAUUUAGCUUUCUUUAAUGAUGCAUAUCAUAGGGAACAUUUUGCCUAUGAAUUAUACAGAGUGCCUACUGGAGUUAAGAGUUAAAACAAUCAUAGCAUAAUUUUUUUUAAACUUAUUAUUUAAGAAGCUGCUAGUUAUUAUGAUUUUGUAAAUUAAUAGCAUUUAUACUAUCAUUAUUAUUUGUAUUUAUAAAAUAAAAGAAUUUUUGAUCGAACAUUGUAUUGUAAUAUGCUUGUCAUUAUAUAUUUUUCAUUCAAAAGCAUGAUUUUUUCUUGAAGAAAAAUUACCAC